AUGGGAGAAUCGGCCACCGACGUGGAUCUUUCAGCAUUUGGUAAGGUUCGAGCUCUUACCAUCGACGACUUGCGAAGAUACAGCGCCGCGAACCUCGAUCCACUUACUGUCCAGGUCGGCCAGAUCCUUUGUAAGGAUUUCACUUUUUCACCCUAUGGUCAACGAAACCUGUCCAAUGCAUUCGACGCGCUGCCUACCAACCUCGCGUCACAGGAUGAUUUUGAGAUUGGGUAUGGACAAUCACACGUGAUCCACUCCAUUCUCAAAUCCGACGAAGGGUUCCGACUCGCUGCAGUCGUCGGUGCGCUCUCUGAGUACUUCGCUGCGGAGGUCGUAGUCGAGCUGUUCCUGCAACUAUGCGCGAGGUCAGGUUUACCGAUGGCCUGGCGUCCUCUGGAGCACCAGUGGAGGAGAAUGGUGCGUUGCCUGAACGGCGUACUCGCCGCCUCGUCGUUUGGGGUUCUGCUGAGCAAUGUUGAAGACGCUGUCGAGAGCGAGCCCCUGGUUGGAUCUGUCCUGGACGUGCAACAGCUUCUGGACAGUUUGCUCCAAUUGAAUGACAGCAAGCAGACCAGUCGUCGAAAAUUACGGUCGGGAAGUGACAUUACCUUCUUAACCACGGUUGCUGAAUGGCUCUUCGGGCUCAGAACAGCCGUCGUGUCCGGAACCGGAGCUCUUCUCUACACGAGUCAAUCCGUUCAAGGCGAGGAGGACGCCAAUGUUGUAUUUGUUCGAUCCUCCUCGAUUGGGGAUCACGUUCAAAAGCUCUCACUCUCGGAAAAGGCCAUCACGACUAGUCCCAUCCGAGGCGGCCGAGUCGCGUUCGAUCAUUUGUUCCGUUCUUGCUUUGGGAACGCUUUCACUUCCCUACCCGAUGACUUGUUGGCUGCUAUGAUCUACUCAGCGUCCAACAUUGUCAAGCACAUACUGGACAAGGAGAGACCAAAUUGGGCAUUCGAGAUCCUAUCGCAGUCCUCCCUGUCGGGAGAGCAAUCUGUUGGACUCGCCGACACCCUGACAGCAUGGUUUCCAGAGCUUCGCAGGCUGGUGCCACGAUUUAGGAAGUAUGCCAAGAUGACUCACGACGAACUUGGCGCAGUGUUCGACAGGACUUACACCGAGAUUCGACGAAUCUGUCCAUGUGCGUAUUGCGUAGGCGGCAAGCUCCAGCAAGGUGAGGCUCAUCCGCAUCCAGAGCAAUGUAGCGCGACAGUUGCAGAGGCCAUUUUCCGGUUGUCCUUCGUCCUCGCAAGAAUGUUCGUGGCCCCACGGCUCCUUCCAAAACGCCACGGCAUCAUCUCCUUCUUGCGUCGAUACUACGCAGAGACCACACCAGAACAGCGUAAGAAUAUGCUAGCCACAACUGCGCCCAGUGCUCUAUUCGGACCGUCCGUGGUGCAGACCUUUGACUCGUCUGUCGAUAUGAUCAAAUCCGCUGCGCUCAUCUUUGCGAACUCCAGUUCGCCGGACAUUGAUGCUCAGAAAUCGCUGAUGGGAAUCACACAUGACGGACUCGCGAUCCUGAGCACUGGAGCUAAGGAUGUUGCGCUCGACGGUGGGCGGAAAGCGCAAGAUACGCAAUGGAAGUCGUCCAUCCAAGUGGUGCCCGGCUGGAUCUGCCUUUCCGGUCACGAAGCGCGCCUGGAGGUUUACGUUGACAUAAAAGGAGGCGUGGCGUACAAGGACCUGGGGCAAUUAAGAGGUUCCCACAUGGACAUGCGGAAAGUCAGGCAGCUUCUCAGAUGGUCUGGUCGGACUAUGUGCACGACCAUCGUCCAUGCGAAUAGCGAAGAAGAACGAACGGCUGGUCGUGAUGGGUGGUACAGCUUGAAGAAUCUCGGAGAAACCGAGGAUUUGGUUUGCGAUAACUGCCAGACGCAUGUCUAA